AUGAGUGAGGAAUUUUUAUUAAAACAGUGUUUUUAUUCUAUAGGUGAAGAGGAACGCGUGCAUCAAUGCAGAGAAUGCGGGUUGAUACUCUCAACACGGAGUGCCUUGACCGCUCACACGCGGUCGCAUCGCGCUGCUGCCGAUGCCCACCGGUGCGACGUCUGUCAUAAAACAUUCGCGGUACCUGCCCGUCUGGUGCGCCACUAUCGCACCCACACUGGCGAGAGACCAUUCGAAUGCGAGUAUUGCCAUAAGAUGUUCAGCGUCAAGGAGAAUCUUCAGGUUCAUCGCCGCAUCCACACAAAAGAGAGACCCUACCGAUGCGGCGUAUGUGGGGCUGCUUUCGAACAUUCCGGAAAAUUACACCGCCACGCUCGGAUACAUACCGGAGAACGGCCACAUGCCUGCCCACAUUGCCACAAAACAUUCAUACAAUCAGGGCAAUUGGUCAUUCAUUUACGGACGCAUACAGGUGAAAAACCGUACAGGUGUCCGGCGCCUGGCUGCGGAAAGGGAUUCACGUGUUCGAAACAGUUGAAGGUCCAUUCCCGAACUCAUACUGGCGAGCGACCCUACACCUGCGAGAUAUGUUUGCGAGACUUCGGGUAUAAUCACGUUCUCAAACUGCACCGCUUCCAGCAUUUCGGGGAGCGUUGCUACCGUUGCACCGUCUGUGACGGAACCUUCAAUACUAAGAAACAAAUGGAAGCCCAUAUCUAUAAAGAACAUGGCGCCGACUCCUCGCAAGGGCCACAGGCGCCACUUCCUACGCCUGUCGUGAACGGCAAUAUGAUGUGUGAUAUUGUUGAAGCAGCUCUGCAGCAACUUCCACCUACACCUCCGUGUUCUCCUCCAUCUCCCCAAGCUUCUGCGCCUGCUGCGAUUGACAUGAAGCCGUCCGUUACAUUAACAUCCCUUUCUCCGACGCCUUCACCUUCGCCGCCAGCGCUUUUAGACUAUCAGCAAUACACAUUAGCACCUUCUAGUCUUCCUCCUAGAAAACGAAAAUUUAUUCCUCAUAAUAUAGAAGAUAUUCCUGCGCCAGUUCGCCACACGUCUGUUAUACAGUUCGCUCCCGCUGCUGGGGAGACAUCAUAG